AUGGCAAUUAAAGUAACAAUUAAGCAAAAUAGUGGUACAUAAUUCGACGUCGAAGUAGAACCAACUAUUACAGUCAGAGAGCUCAAGGAAGCUUGUGCAUCUCAAGCUAAUGUCCCAGCUGAUGAGCAAAGAUUGAUCUUCAAAGGCAAAAUCUUGAAGGACGAGAAUACAAUUUCUGAAUACAAAAUUGAGGACGGUGUUGUUGUUCAUUUGGUUAAGGGAAAAUCAGCUUCAUCAUCAGGAUCCUAGAGUUAAGCUUCAUAAGAGUCAUAAGCAAAUGUUAAUGUAGGAGGAGCUGGUGCAGGUGCUGGAUUAGGUGCUGGUGCAGGACUAGGCGCUGGUGCAGGUUUAGGUGGAAUGCCCUUUGGAGGUAUGGGCGGCUUUGGAGGCUUCCCAGGUAUGGCAGCAGGAGGUGGUCCAUCUGGAAUGGGAGGUCUUGGUGGCAUGAACCCAGCUAUGAUGCAGUAAAUGAUGAGCAGUCCUAUGAUCUAGCAAAUGCUUUCAGAUCCUAACAUGCUAAAUCAAAUCAUUGGUUCUAAUCCUAUGCUCAGCUAAAUGAUGCAAAGCAACCCUGAAAUGAGAGCUAUUCUUUCUAACCCAGAGAUGAUGAGAUCAAUGAUGACUCCAGAAAAUCUCAAUGCUGCCAUGUCCAUGAUGGGAGGCAUGGGUGGCAUGGGAGGUAUGGGUGGCUUAGGUAGCCAGCCAUCUGCAUUCUAAAUGCCAGGAGCUGUAGGCCAAGGUGCAGGAGCUGAUGUUGGUGCAGGAGCUGGAGCAGGAGCAGGAGUAGGUGCUGGAGCUGGAGCUGGUCUCGGCGCAUAAUAGUAACCAAAUCCAUUCGCUGCCAUGGGCGGCAUGGGUGGCAUGGGUGGAAUGGGAGGAUUCGGAGGAAUGAAUCCCUUUUUAAUGCAAUAAAUGAUGGGAGGCGGAUUCGGUGGAAUGGGCGGAAUGGGCGGAAUGCCGCUAGCCCAACCAGAUGCAAGAACCCCAAGAGAAAAAUAUGCUACUCAGCUUCAAUAAAUCAAAGAUAUGGGAUUCCAUGAUGAAGAUGUUAUCCUUGAGAUGCUAGUCAAAACUAACGGCAAUGUAAACUUAGCUCUUGAAAACUUAUUCUCUUCACUAAGCAACUGA